UGUCUAAUAAAUAUAAAUAAUCAAGCAUAUUUGUUCAUCUGUGAUGCACUUCUCAUCAUAUACAAAUGAUGUUGAUGCACAUUAUCACAACCUCUAAUCUUUAGAAUUUGGAGCACUUCUCUCCAAGCUGCAUUUUUCACUCCUAAAACAAAUUUUUUCUAUGGGCACUUGUGCCACAGUCUCUUGCUUCUUAUUUUGCUCUUCAUUUUGGAACUAUAAAUCUUUGCCAAAUGCCCAAGUUUUGACAUUUGAAAUAUUUUGGCUUUCCCUUGUGCCAACAAUCUUUUUACUCAUGACCAAUCUUGUAGCAAUGAUUACAUUGCAUUUUAGUACAUUUCCCUUUUUUUUUUCUCCAUUUUCUUCCUCCCCCAUUGAUCUCCGUUGAUCUAAUGCAUUAAGAGCAUUGACCAACUCUGACUAUGUUAUUAUGGAUAGGUCCUUAGAAUGUGCAAGUGAGGAAAUUAUAUACUCAUAUUUUCCGGAAACACUUACUACUCCCUCCGUCCCAAAAUAUAGUUACCAUUUUCCAUUUUUCAUGGUAAUUUAAGAGGGAUAGUAAAGAUUUUUUGUUUAUUUAAAUAAAUGUUGUAUGGGAAAAGAUGAUUUUAGGAGAAGGAGUGGAAAAGAAUUGGUGAAAGAACAUUAAUUGUAACUUUUUGGUUGAAUAAACAAAGGAAAAAACAAAAUUCAAGAAGCAAAUAAAUGAUGGGAUACGAUUUUUCUUGACAAAUUACGGGAAAAUGUGGAACUAAAUAUGAAAAUGGGAACUAUAUUUUGGAACGGAGGGAGUACAAUUUUAUCAACUACUGUCACAUUGGAAAAUAUUUCAGCGAACAAUACUAAUUUGAUUAACAAUAUUCAUAAGCUUACUCACAUAUUCUUUAAUGGUUUCGCUCUUUCUCAGUUUUUGCAUAUAAAAUUCUCUUAUUAAAUGAAAGUUGGUGAUAAUGUGCAUCAACAAAAUUGUGUUAGUGAUGAGAUCAGAUGUCCAUCACAAUAUUGAAGAAUAUUGAAGAGACUUGCUUCGAAAAUAUCUCAAAAAUAUGAAGCAAGGAAGUGUAUUGGAAUAUUGCUUCAAAUUAGUGGUUGAUUAGUUACUAUUGUUUAAGAGCAUGUGUUAGUUGCUUAAGAUUCUUGAUGUUAGUGUACUUAGUGAGGCAAUAUGGCUACCUACUAAAUAUGAUCUAUUAUGGGAUUAUUUUUCCUAUUUUAUAGUAAGUGGUUAUUUUGCCUAGUUAUAGAACACCUUCUUAUAUACGUUAUAAAUGGAAUGAAUAUUAGUUGAAUUAUGCAAGGGCAUACAAAACCCUUUUUUAUUUUCUUUUUCAUUUUGUUUAGCUACCCGUGAGAACUGAUGUCAAUCAUUAAUCAAUACACUCUGCACUAUAAAUUAUAACAUUCCCACGCAAUUCCCUCAUUUAUGAUUUAUCACCCCAGAAAUUAAGCAUCACUACUAGUUUCAUCACCAACUUCUAAGUGAAACAUACUUGAGCUAAAAUAAUGAAAAGUGGGAGGCAAAUUAUACACCUCUAACUCCAAUCACAUUCUUACAAAGAGCUGCUAUGUCUUAUGCUGACCGUAACUCCAUCAUAUACGGUGGAGCUCGGUUCACCUGGCGGCAGACCUACGACCGGUGCCGACGCCUCGCUUCUUCCCUCCGCUCCCUUGGCGUAGCCAAAAAUGACGUGGUAUCAGUAUUGGCUCCAAAUAUACCAGCAAUGUACGAAAUGCACUUUGCAGUGCCAAUGGCUGGUGCUGUGCUAAACACCAUCAACACUAGACUUGAUGCCAAUACUAUCAAGGCUAUUCUUAACCACUCGGAAGCUAAGAUCUUUUUUGUGGACUACGAGUACAUCCCCUUGGCUUACGAAGCAGUUCGCCUCUUAGAGAUCGAUUCUUCAGUUUCGAAAAACUCAACACAUAAACUAUCUAUUGUUACCAUUAGGGAGAUUGAUUCUCCUAACAUAAGCGAGAAUUCUGUUACUUUGACAAAUGUUGAUGCUCAUCUAAACAGAAGGUAUGAUACUCAACUAGACUAUGAAGAAUUGAUUAGCUCGGGAAAUGUAGAUUUCGAACCGAUGAAACUUGAGGAUGAGUGGGAUCCCAUUGCUCUUAACUACACCUCUGGUACAACAUCAUCACCUAAAGGAGUAGUAUAUAGUCAUCGAGGUACUUACCUAAGCACUUUAAGCAUGAUAUUAGGUUGGGAAAUGGGCACGCAACCUGUUUACUUGUGGACCGUACCAAUGUUCCAUGGUCAUGGAUGGACUUUCACAUGGGGGAUUGCGGCUAGAGGUGGGACUAAUGUUUGCAUACGCAACACAACCGCGUCUGUAAUUUACCAAAGCAUUGCACUUUAUGGGGUUACCCACAUGUGUUGCGCACCCAUCGUGUUAAACAUGCUUCAACAGGUCGAUCCCAAAGAUCGCGAGAAGUUCAAUAGGUCGACUCAAGUUAAAGUCCUUACUGGUGGAGCCUCUCCACCAACGAAGUUAUUAAAAGAGAUGGAGGAGUUAGGCUUUGAUGUGAUGCAUGCUUAUGGCCUUACAGAGUCUACAGGUUGCGCAUUAAUGUGCGAGUGGCAGAGCAAGUGGAACCACCUUUCACAGGAUGAACGAGCACGAUUAAAGGCUCGUCAGGGGAUUAGUGCACUAAACAUAGCGGAUGUUGAUAAAAUACAAAUCACAAUGCAAAGUGUGCCACAUGAUGGGAAAACAACAGGGGAGAUUGUAUUGCGCGGUAGUAGCAUAAUGAAGGGAUACUUUAAGAAUGACAAGGCAACCUCAGAAGCAUUUGCAGGUGGGUGGUUCCAUACUGGGGAUGUAGGUGUGAUCUACCCUGAUGGAUAUAUAGAGAUAAUGGAUAGAUUAAAAGAUGUAAUAAUUUCGGGUGGCGAAAAUAUUAGUAGUGUGCAAGUUGAAGGGGUGAUUUCUCGACAUCCAAAUGUAUCCGAGGUCGCGGUUGUGGCAAUGCCACAUCCACGAUGGGGUGAAAGCCCUUGUGCGUUUGUGGUGGAAAGUGCAACACAUAGUAAAAGGGUGACAGAACAAGAGGUCCUCUUAUAUUGUAGAGGUAAUCUUCCACACUAUAUGGUACCCAAAAUGAUUUGUUUUGUGAAGGAGCUCCCAAAGACUUCUACCGGAAAAGUUCAGAAAGGAAAAUUACGGGCAAUUGCAAAAAACUUUGAUGUAAAAACCUCGAAUAAUCAGCUUCAAAUGAACAAAAAAGCCAUUGACUCGCGUCUAUAAUGCAUGCAAAUUAAUGUCAUAUACGGAUUUGCCUCCUUUUCCUUGCCUUUACCUGUUAAGAAUAUUCUUUCAAUGUAGCAGUUGAUAGAAAUUUAGUCAGUUAGUUGUGCUUCCUUAGCUUAAUCUUAGCAGCACUGGCUAAAAAUCAAAAAGCAUGUUUUUAGUAUUUGUUUUUUAGAAUACUAAGUAUGGUUUAGUGGACUAGUGGUCUAGUGAGCCAUGUUUUACCACUCACCUUUUGUAUUUCUUUUUGUUUUCAGUUCUAUAAUUAGAUAUUAUGUAGAGAGUUGUUUUGUUUCCUUUUAAUAUUAAUGAGAAGAUUUGGCAGUAGCUUUACUUA